GAAGUCGGCGUAUGAUUGACGUGAUGGAUGUGUCUACUCAGAAGGGGACGGAGAUGUCAAUGAUGCAAUGGAAGAGCUAUUAUGCGACUCCUCCCUCUCAGAGAGAGAAGCUUUAUAAUGUUAUCAGCCUUGAAUUUAGCCACACUAAACUAGAGAGCUAUGUCAAAAGACCUACCACGGUGGACAUGAUUGACUGGGUGGACAACAUGUGGCCAAGACACUUAAAGGAAAGACAAAGAGAUGCCACAAACUCUAUCACUGACAUGCAAUACCCCAAAGUGCAGAAGUACUGCCUAAUGAGCGUGCAGGGCUGUUACACAGAUUUCCACAUAGACUUUGGAGGCACAUCUGUGUGGUACCACAUACUGCGGGGCUGCAAGGUCAGAGAACACUGUAUAUAUACUAGGGGUGUAAAGAUAUACCAAUCAAAUGUUUCGGUUCAUAUCACCGUUUUGGAGCCACGGUUCGUUUUGCUGUGGGGGUAG